GUUUUGAGUUAAGACAAUUUCCCAUAAUGCACAGCGGAUUCUUCUUUGUUGUGAAUAAGUGCGAAUGUGUCACAACUCGACAUUUCUUUGUUUUGAGACUGUGAUUAAUAUUGGUGUACAGACUGUAGAAAAAUGAACUAAGAUAUGCUAUAGUGUUGCCUUAGUAUUGUACCAUCUGUAGUUUCAAUCACGAUCGAAAAUGGCCAGUGCGAAAAGUUCAUCGAAAGGAGAAUUUCAUGUUGGGGGAAAGUAUCGACUUGUGAGAAAAAUCGGGAGCGGAUCAUUUGGGGACAUUUAUCUGGCAAUGAAUAUAGCGAAUGGAGAGGAAGUGGCCGUCAAGCUGGAAUCCGUCAAAGCCAGGCACCCUCAGCUGAUUUAUGAGAGCAAACUGUAUAAAAUUCUCCAGGGAGGAGUUGGAAUCCCCCACAUACGGUGGUGGGGAGUGGAACGGGAGUACAAUGUACUGGUUAUGGACCUAUUGGGACCAAGCAUUGAGGACCUCUUCAACUUCUGCUCCAGAAAGUUCAGUAUGAAGACAGUGCUUAUGCUGGCAGAUCAGAUGAUAAACAGAAUAGAAUUUGUUCAUAACAAGAAUUUUAUACACCGAGACAUCAAACCCGACAACUUCCUGAUGGGCAUUGGGCGACAUUGCAAUAAGGUUUAUCUGAUAGACUUUGGCCUUGCUAAAAAAUAUCGAGACAGUAGAACGCGACAACACAUUCAAUAUCGAGAAGAUAAAAACCUCACCGGAACGGCACGAUAUGCCAGCAUCAACGCUCACCUGGGUAUCGAACAAAGUCGCAGAGAUGACAUGGAAUCCUUGGGUUAUGUUUUGAUGUAUUUUAAUAGAGGUUCCCUCCCAUGGCAAGGGUUAAAGGCUGGAACAAAGAAACAGAAAUAUGAGAAGAUCAGUGAAAAGAAGAUGUCGACCCCUGUGGAAGUGCUAUGUAAGGGAUAUCCUGCGGAAUUCGCCAUGUACCUGAAUUACACACGAGGAUUGCGAUUCGAGGAGGCCCCGGACUACAUGUACCUGAGACAGUUGUUCCGAAUUCUAUUCCGGACAUUAAAUUAUCAGUACGAUUAUGUAUUUGACUGGACAAUGCUCAAACAAAAGGCAGCUAACUCUGCAACAGUCAUGAACGGAGGAACAACUCACAUGGCAACGGCUGGUCGUUGAAGUAAAAGAGAAAAUGGCAAUAGCAGAGACAUUGUGAAUUCUUCUCAACUUUUUCAUACUAUCUGCAGUACCACUCCAGAGUGGCUGAUUAAUACCACUAUACAGAGUCAUGUGACCAAACAAGUUCUCCACCAUGGGUCACUGUUUGAUUGCUGUGAUAGCUCUCUACAGAGGGCGCUAGUGAUAACUGUAAAUCUUCUGUUACUAUUGGUAACUGUGUGUGUGUAUCCUGUCUUGAAGACUCUAAAAUGUGAAACAUUGAAAACACAGCCAUUAAUUUUCAUUUUUGUGCUGGAGACAGAGCUUUCUAAACUAUAAUCAUGAAGUGAAUGUGCUAUUCAAAUUGCUGUAUAUAUGAUCUGAUUGCUAACUGAGUGAUUUUGAUAUGGUACAUCUGGUUGUAUGUAAAUUUUUAACCCAGUAAGAAUGUGUUCAACAUACUUUUACAAUUUGACUUUACAUAAGUUGUAUUUUUACAUGUAAAUCUAUAGUUUAUAGAAUGUAUGUUCCUGGCAUCAUGAUUAUGAAAUUUGGAUACAUCAGUCUUCGUAAUUAUUUUCAUUUAGUAAUAUUUGUUUUAAAUUUUUGGAAGAAUAAAGAAUAUAGUGCAUCGAGGGUGUUUCAAAAAUUUUGUAUUAGAUUGGUCCAUGCGUAAAUGAUUUUGAGUUGUCUAAAGUUAUGGAUAUUGUUUUAAAUGAGUUACAUUAUUAACAAAGUAUCUGUGUGUUGUUGAUUUUGAAUGAACACUGUCAAUAUAUAACUUGCACUAGCCCUUAUUUUUACCACUUUAUGAACAUGUAUUAUAUAUGUGCUAGCUGUUAUGAUUUGCACAUUUAUCCAAGGUUAUGUCAAGGUCAAUCUUUUAUCUGUAAACAAUCUGUUGAAAUGUAGACAUACAGUGGUAUUCUUUUUUAAAACAUCCCCAGUAAAAUCAUGUAUUUUAUUUGCCAAUUAUAUUUUGUAUGUUACAUGUAUGUGUGCAGUGAACAUUUUUAAACAAUUGAUCUGAUUUUUAAUUUUAUAUAGUUUUUUUAAUGCUUUGUAAGGUUUUGGUUAGACUUUUCAUGUGCAUACAAUUUAACAGGAAGAAAGUUUUUCAUUGUGGUAUGUAUUUAUCGGGAUUUUUUUCAUUUUUGGAUAUAUUUUCUGACUAACUACUGGCUUGAAUAAUAUUUUCAGUCCCCAAUUUUCUUUUUUUCAAUUCAAUAGAUUACACUUCCUAUAAGGCUGUUACUGAUAUCACCACUUACACGUAGCAAUAAACAUAAUUUUGACCUGAGCGGGACCUCCAUUUUUAGCCAAUCAGAGUUCAUGUUUCUUCAUGUUUGUUUAGUGAUUAUAUGAGUGGAUCUUGCACCUGAUCUUACUUAGAUUGUUGAUUUUGUUGGAACUUUUGAGACACAUUUACUCAGAAUUUAAGACAUUCACAAGGACUAUGACAAGUUGACCAAAAGCUGUGAAAAGAGUUGGAAUUUUUUUUAUUCUUUUCUGUCACCACAUUACGGAUAUCAUUUUCAAUGGUGUCCAUGAUAAGUUCAAAUUAACAUAAAUCAACUAUUAUCUGUUUUUAUAUGUUAAAAAAGAGGAUGAAUUUGAUUUGAUCAUGCAAUUGCACAUGGAACCAAUCAGAGUUCAGAUAUCCAACCCUGAAAAUUUCAACUUUAUUUAUCAUAGGAUUGUGAAAAAUGUGGUGGAUCACAAGCCCUUGACCUGGAAAGAAGCCUUAUGCCACAAAUUUUAAACCUUGGCAAAAUAAGACAUUUUGUACAAUGUUUCACUGUACAGAAAUCAUACAUAUGAAAUUAUGACCCUUGAAUGUUAUGAAAAUUUGCCAAACAAAGGUAAAUAAUUCCACAGCUUAUGCAGGAACUAGAUCAGUGACUGGAAUUAUAAAAUGGAUGAGGGGGUAAUCCCCCCCCCCCUCCACAAGUUGCUCUACAUUUGCAUCCAUUCCUUAAUUUGUACAUUUUUGUUUUGUUGUUAUUGGUGAAAGCAAACUGCUGAAUGAAAUAAGAUUCUUAAGGAAAAUACAUCUAUAGUAGAUUUAUUAUGUCAAGUAGAGUGAAUUUUGUUAACAUAUUAUUUGAUGAAAAUUUUUAUCAAUUAACUAAUUUAUCAAAUUAUUAGAUCAAAAUCUACUUACAGGAGAUGGGGAAAAUGUUGCCUAUAUAUUGUAUUGUGCUGCUUUAAUCGUGUACCUGAGAUUAAUCAAAUAACCAUAGUUACCAAUGAAAUGCCAUUCGCUUCCUCGGAUUGUGUUUUCAUUGCAGUGACUUAGUGCCUGUUCAGUAAUCUCACAUCUGUUAUGAACACUCUAUCCAAUCCCUCUCCCGUUACAGACAAUAUACAAUUAUGGACUGUUUAGCAGGGAGACAUCACAAAUUAUCGGGUCUUAGUACAGUUAUCACCCGAGGGUGCCUAUGUGCCCGAGGGUGAUAACCCUACUCAGACCUGAUAAUUUGUGACAUCUCCUGAUAAACAGUCCAUAAUAGUUUUAUUAUCCUGAAGAAUCUGAACGUUAAAAAACACUAUCACACAUAUAUUGACUUGUACCAUAUAUUUUUUUAAAAAUUUAAUAUGUCCACAAAUUUGUAACAACUUUCUGCAGAAAAUUCUGAUAAAUUUUCAAUAGUUUUCGAGGAGUAAAAUCAAUGUUACCCUCAACUACAUGCCCAAUUUUGUUUUACACUGAAUACCAUAUGUUUAUUAGAUAUAUUAUGUAAUGAAAGCAAAUCACUGGAGUUUAAGAGAGUUAAACGAGGGAACACCUUCAAUUGUGAUGUCGCAGUAGAAUGAUGCAAAAAUAUAAUGUCAAACGUAAACAUUUCGUAACGGGUUUCAACAUCAAGAAAAUUGCAUUAGAUUGGGAAUAUUGCACUUCUCGAUUGUUAUUUGUGACUGUUAAUGUUGACGCUAAAGUUAAUGAUUAACAAUCCCAAAUUUUUUUAAUUAUCUUUAUAGAGCUUUCUUGCUUGUGACAUUAGAAUUUAUCUUCUAAAGGGAGACAACACAGUUGUCACCCUGUACGUGAGGGAGACAUCACGAAUCGACCAAUGAAAUUGACUGUAUUAUUCUGAAGGAUAAUAAUAUCAGUAUGACUAUCCAAUCCCUCUCCUGUUACAGACAAUAUUAAUAGUGUGGUUCUAUCCUUAGGGUAUCCCUCUCCUGUUGCAGACAAUAUUAAUAGUGUGGUUCUAUCCUUAGGGUAUCCCUCUCCCGUUGCAGACAAUAUUAAUAGUGUGAUUCUAUCAAUCUUGCUUCCUUUAUUAACUGUACUGUUGUGAUUUUAUCAUUGUGCAAUUGAAUUCAUUUUUCAACUACUGCCAAAAGUGAUAUCUUCUUUGUUAUAAAUCGUAUUGUGUGAAAUCACUUUUUGUUCUUUAAAGAGCACAUUUUGUUUUCUGCGUUUUGUUUUCAACACUAUAGCCAAGUUUUGUUAGAAUAUAUGGUACUUUUAAAUGCAUCAAGUAUUAUUUUGAAAUGAAAUUUCACAUUUUGUGUCACAAACUGGUUUUAUAGUGUUUAAGGUGCACUGAUUUUAUGUUUGGAAAACCUCAUAUGCAAGUACAUAUUGAGGGUAAAAUAUUUUAAUAUAAUUUUGAAUCCUAUUCACUACAUAAGUGAAUUUUUGCAUUUUCUUUCUCUUUACAUGAUUAUAAACAUGCAUUGUCACAGUGCAGUGAUUUUUACCUCACUGGAUUCAUGGAUUCUUCUGCAGAAAGAUUAUUUUUCAUUCAUUUUAAAAUUAACAGUAGCUUCUUAUUUUGCAAUGUUUAAAAUGUGCAAUAUAUAGAUUUAUAUAUAUGCAUAUUUGUUUUCAAAAUAUCAACAUGUGAAUAGUUUUUUAUGAAAAUUCAGUGUGCAAAAUAUGAAUGUAACCCUACCAUUCAGAAAAUUACAUGAUUUUUAUAUUUCUCUCAUCAUUACAUAUGAGAAAAAUAUAGAUCGUUCUCUCCCAUUUUAGCAAUAUUUACCAUGUAUUUUAAGAUUGCGAAAAUUGUGUAGAAAGAAAAUCUAUGUUUACAAAUGCACCAAAGACUUUAAUAGCAAAUCUUAAAACACCCCAAAAAUUUAACUGUUCUUUAAAAAAAAUAUCAUCCCCCCCGCCAUCACUACCCCUUUCCCAUUUAAUUAGUCCCUCCACACACACAGCCCCUGUACCUUUUCCAAGAAAUAAUUUCUUUACAUGAUAUGUACAGGGAUUCACCAACAGCUGAAAUUUGUAUGAAAUUACUUGAGUUAGAUUCUGUUUUUAUAGCACUGAAUAAUAUUGUUUUGCGACUAGAGAAUUUGUGAAAUACCUAAAUAUAGUAUGCUAUGCUAAGUAUGGACAUUGUUUUUUUUUAACUGGAGAGCACUUAUUAAUAGUCAAGCAAUGGCUAUCUCCGCAUUAGAAGCAGUUCAAACAAACAUUUUACAUGGAGAUUUCUCAUUAUAUUACAUUUUUGCCAAAUUUGUGUGUACUGUACGGAAUUCAAGCUUGAGAUAUCGACAUUUAAAGCCAUGAUUUUGGGUGGGCUCUCUUUUAAUAUAUUGUAUGACAGUUCACUGGUUUUCUCACACUGUAAAAUUUCUUUUUCUGAACUACACGCACAUGUGAAGUAUGGUACACUUUGUUGAAUUUUUAUCCUGUAGUAGUAUUUUGAAAACAAGCAAGUUGUCAGUGAGUUUUGUUAAGUUAUAUUAUGAAAGGACACCUGUGAGCAUAAUGUUUGCCAAUUGACUUUCAAUUUAAAUAUGUGAAAUGCAAGCAGCGUGAAAAUUGCUCCGGUACUGAAUACUAAAUUUGAUGUAUUAGUGUUUUUUAUUCCAUCAUGCUGACCAAUACUAUGUUUAUCAGUUGUCAAACAAGGUGAAAAUAAAUUCUGAAUCUGA